GGCUGCCAGAUACCGUCAGUCUACAGGCAUUGUCUGGCAAGGAUGUGACAAAUUAGAGAAAUGUCCACCUAAUAACAAAGCCACGGUUUUGAUGGAGCUAAAAGGGCAAAAUGCUAUGGUAUCUGAUGCCUUUGAUGAAAUUACUGAGGCUCUCAAGGGAGAUGGAAGUGGUUGGGACAAUCUUGGAGAUGAAGAAGAGGAGAUGGAGGACGAGGAGGAUGAGAAAUGGUCUAAUGAAGACAAAGAUCUUAUUGGCCCAUCUGUCAACCUUAUCAAGGCUGCAAAGAUUCUGUACAAGAGAGUAAUUGAUGCUGUUGAGAAGAAUGGUUCCAGUGACACUCAUCAGGCAAUAAAGGAACUUGACCAACUGCACGAUGAUUGCAAGAUGGUCUCGAAGACGAUAGACACACUUAUCUUGGAGUUGUAUCCUCCACUUAAUGUAGUAGAUAUGGAAGAACAG